AUGAUAUUAAUUGCAUUCAAAUAAUAAAAUAUGAAAAAGAUAUCUUAUAGUUUCACCUAGUUAAUGAAAUUGCAUUUGCAUGAUUAUCAUGUCAAUCUCAAAGCCAAAAUGGUUCCAUUUGCUGGAUACGAAAUGCCUGUCCAAUAUCCACAAGGUGUUUUGAAGGAGCAUCUGUAUUGCAGAGAGUCAUGUGGAUUGUUUGAUGUAUCACACAUGGGACAAGUCAAAGUCUUUGGAGAAGACAGAAUGAAAUUCGUAGAAACCCUCACAACCGGAGAUUUCCAAACAAAGAAAUCAGGACAAAGCGUAUUGUGUUUGAUAUUGAAUGAAAAAGCAGGCAUCAUUGAUGAUACCAUAGUUGCUAAAAGAGAUGAUCACAUUCACAUUGUUGUAAAUGCUGGAAACAAGUUUAUCGAUAUGAAACAAAUGGACAAAAUCAUUAAGGAUUAUAACUACAAAGUCUAAUAUGAGUAUCUCAAAGACAAGCCUUUGAUUGCUGUCUAAGGACCAAAUGCUCAUAAGGUUUUGAACGAAGUCUUCGGAACAGAAUACAAUUUAGACAAGAUACCAUUUAUGUUUAUGGUGAAUAUCAAAAAGAAUGGAAUAGACUAUCAAAUUAAUAGAUGUGGAUACACAGGUGAAGAUGGCUACGAAAUAUCUGUUGAGAGUUCUAAAGCAUAAGAAUUGUGUGACUAAUUAUUGGCUACCAAAAUGGCUUAAUUCUGUGGUUUGGGAGCCAGAGAUUCAUUGCGUCUUGAAGCUGGAUUGUGUUUACAUGGCCACGAAAUGGAUGACACUAUCUCCCCAUAUGAAGCCAAAUUAAUGUGGACUGUCAGAAAACCCAAUAAAGAGACUGGAAAAUACAAUGAAUCUGCUGCCUUUAUCGGUAGAGAUGCUUUACCCCAAAGAUAAAAGGAUGCCAAAUUCAAAAGAAUGGGUUUCAUCACUCAAUCAGGAAUUGCUAGACCACCUUGUGAUAUUGAAUUCUAAGGACAAAAGGUUGGUUCUGUUACAAGUGGCACUUAUUCACCUAAUCUAAAGAAAGGUUUAGGCUUUGCUUUCAUCAACAACGAAUAUGCUAAAGAUGGAACCCAAUUAUAAGCCGACAUUAGAGGAUCCAAAGUUAAUAUCACUUUGAGUCCAACUCCAUUUGUACCAUAGAGAUAUUAUAAACCAGAGAAAAAGUGA